AUGCAGGAAGAAGGGACAUACAACUCACUCCAGUGGGAUAAUCCAACACCAAACCCUUACCAGAAACAUCUGUCUUCCACCAAAUGUUCAGGAACAUGGUGUCUUCUGGUGGUGAUUUCAUGUAUUUUCUGCGUGGGCUCAGUAACAACCUCUGUUUUCCUGGGCAUCAAGUUGUUCCAGGUGUCCACUAUUGCAAUGAAGCAGCAAGAAAAACUCAUCCAUCAGGAGAGAACAAUGUGGAAUUUCACACGAUGGCAGAAAAACCAUAACCUUCAGAUGAAAUACUGUCAAACCUUGAUGCAAAACUCCUUCGUUUCAGCCCAUAACUGCAGCCCUUGUCCAAACAACUGGAUUCAGAAUGGUGGAAGUUGUUACCAUGUCUUUGAAAACUGGAAAAUCUGGCACACCAGUAAAGAGGACUGUUUGAAGGAGGGCUCUAAUCUUCUACAAAUAGACAGUAAAGAGGAAAUGGACUUUAUCACUGGCCACCUGAGGAAGAUCAAAAGUGGCUAUGAUUACUGGGUGGGACUGUCUCAGGACGGUCUCAGCAGAUCGUGGCUUUGGCAAGAUGGCUCCGCUCCUCCCCCUGACCUGUCACCAGUAAAGACACUCCAAUCAACUAACCAGCUUUGCGGAUAUCUCAAGGACAAGUCCCUGUCUUCCGCUAACUGCAGCAUUUGGAAAUAUUUUAUCUGUGAGAAGUAUGCAUUAUGAUC